AUGCAGCCCGAGUGAUUUACUUUUCUAGAGACGAUCUUUGGCAGUCGUCACCGCGGUGCAUGAUGGGCAGUGCUCUUCAUGCUCUGUCCUCCUCAUGAAUGCUACUUUUCUCCAUCAUGCUAUAAUAAGAAGUGUGUCGGACUAAAACAAACAACGCAGCUUUUUACUGAUUCAGGACAGCCUGUAGUUGCCGGCAGGUAACUGAAUUGUUUUUCUUGUGUCUUCGUUUACUGUCACAGUUAACUUUAAAUGGAUAAACUAUAAUUAACCCUGAUACUAGCAGCUAAGAUAACUAGCAUAACAAACAGAGCUGCAUAACAGAUAGUGAGAUAACAGUGGUCGACUGACGCUGGCAUUAUUGGCUAUAAUCAAUAUUUGCUCGUAUUGUAACUGCUACCUCCGACUGUAUUCCUGUUGUUCCUGUGGAUCUGGACUGUCCCCUCUACAAACAACCCUGACAAACAACUGGAGGGUAUUGAAUCACCCUAAACGAGAUGACUCAAGUAUUUUAGACAGUCACCUUUCAUUUCUUAUGGAGGCUGACGCUUGCCUUCCUGUCCUGUGGUGAAUAUCAGCCCUUCAGAAGCUGAGUGACAACCUGUGUGAAAAGAUGAAACUACACAGGGUGCUGCUGUCUGGAUGCAUGAACUGCUCAAGGAUGUAUCUGCCAUUUAGUGGGAACUUGAGCUCUGUUGGUCCUUUCUCCUCAACUGUGGAUGGGUAUCGAACCCUUAUCCUUUGCGGUGCUCGUACAGUGCUCUACCCUCUGAAGUACACUGUACCACUUGGACAGAGAAAGCUGGGACUGAACAGCAGGAGCUACAGUCAUGUUGUUUCAAACUCACUACACUGCAGUCAAACACUGCCUGAGUCAAGAUGUCAGCUCAGAAGAUCUCAGUCUACUCCGACGAGGAAGAAGAACUUGCUGCAAGCAGGUGCAACGUUGCCCGUGUCCUUAAUCCGUCACAGAAUGACAGAAGCUCCUCUUUCCAGUGUGGUCCCAACGUUUGUUGUGAUGAAGUUUGACCAGGAGGGAAAUGUGACAUCAUUUGAGAAGAGGAAAACAGAGCUUUGCCAGGAGUUAAGUCUUCAGGCCAGAGACCUUCGCUUUCAGCACAGUACCAGCCUCACCGCUCGAAACAACUGCAUCAUUAUACGAAUGGAGUCUUUGAAAGCCAUUGUGACCACCCAGUGCCUUUUGGUGUUGGAUUUCCGUGGUCUGGGAUUAGAGCGUUGGUUGGUCCUGGAGCUUCCCCCACAGCUGACAUCGCAGACACACUCGCUGCCCUUUGAGUUUAGAGCACUGGAGGCCAUACUGCAGCACAAGGUAAACACUCUACAAGCCAAGCUGAAUGAAGUUGAACCAGUAAUAUUGGACAUAUUGGAAUCUCUAGUGGAUCCUAAAAUCCUUUCUGCUGAUAGAAGUAAACUACAUAUACUGCUGCAGAACAGCAAGAGUUUAUCAGAGUUGGAGACGGACAUUAAAGUUUUUAAGGAUUCCUUGCUGAAGAUUUUGGAUGAGGACGAGAUCAUUGAAGAACUCUGUCUUACCAAGUGGACAGACCCAAGAGUUUUUGAGGAGAGCAGUUUGGGUAUUGACCACGCUGAAGAGAUGGAACUGUUAUUGGAGAAUUGCUAUAUGCAGGCUGAGGAGCUGGGGAACAAGGCCAGAGAGCUGAAAGGACUGAUAGACGACUCUGAGAGUGUCAUCUUUAUCAAUCUGGACAGCCAUCGUAACGUGAUGAUGCGCCUGAGUCUGCAGCUGACGAUGGGAACCUUCUCCCUCUCCUUAUUUGGUCUGAUAGGGGUGGCCUUUGGAAUGAAUUUGGAGUCGUCCUUUGAAGAGGACGCUCGCAUUUUCUGGCUGAUAACAGGCUUCAUGUUCUUGGGCAGCGGGCUGAUAUGGAGACGACUGCUGUCAUUUCUUGGGCGACAUCUAGAGCCUUCAGUACCCCCACUAAUCCCUCCAGUUUGGAAGAGAAGUCUGAAAGCAUCAGACGCCAAGUCUGGACUUAGAUGAUGUUGUACCUCUACUCUGUAAAAUGCCACAGACCUCCUACAGACUCUGCAGCUUUAAAGAUGAUUGUUUUACCAACCUGGACCUCCUGAAUUCUCUAUGAAGGCUGCAUUUAAAUGUCUGAAGACCACUGUGCAAUGUGUUUUUCUGGGUGUCCUGUUACAUUUUACGUUGGGAUCAUAUCGGAUGUUUGAUUGAUGUCCUUGUGUAUAUAGUGUGGAUUAAACAUGUGGGCACAGAGUAUUACUCUGUCUUCACUGGCUUUAGAGCAGUAAGUUUAUGCAAGUUGCAGCAUUGGAACUGUAAACAGAUAACCAAACUAAUGUGAUAAUAACCUUACAUGCAGUUGUGCAUUCCCUCAUUGCAUUGUUAAAAAAAGUGUCAGAAAAGCAUAAAAUAUAAUUAUUUAAAUAAAUGUAAACUUUAUGAAUGUGUAA